UCUCCAUCAUCCAUCGUCUCUCUCUCUCUCUCUCUCUCUCUCUCUCUCUCUCUCUCUCUCAAACUAAGAUCAGAAUAAAGCUGCCUUUCUGGGUGGAUCGAGGCUCUCGAUUCCAAUCAAACAGUGAGGCCUGAUGGAUAUGGACAUGGAUACUUCGGAAGCUGGCGGCAUUAAAGGAGGAAGCAGCUGCAACAUCCAAAACGACGACGAAUUGGACCUCCGGAGAGGCCCUUGGACCGUCGACGAAGACCUCACCCUCAUCAAUUACAUUGCCACUCAUGGCGAAGGUCGCUGGAACUCCCUCGCUCGCUCUGCUGGCCUCAAACGAACUGGUAAGAGCUGCAGAUUGAGAUGGCUCAACUAUCUCCGACCCGAUGUUCGACGUGGAAACAUAACCCUCGAAGAACAGCUCCUGAUUCUCGAGCUUCAUUCUCGCUGGGGAAACAGAUGGUCGAAAAUCGCCCAGUACUUGCCGGGAAGGACUGACAACGAGAUCAAGAACUACUGGAGGACAAGAGUCCAGAAGCACGCGAAGCAGCUCAAAUGUGACGUGAACAGCAAGCAAUUCAAAGACACCAUGCGUUUCCUCUGGAUGCCCAGGCUGGUCGAGCGUAUUCAAGCUUCCGCCGCCGCCUCCUCCGUUUCUCCGCCGAUAUCCACCAUCACCGCCGCCAAUACUCCCAGCGCCGCAUACAAUCACAACAACUUCGAGUUUGGGGGCGCCACUCAGAUCACCGGAAGUAACUUCACUACAGAGAAUAGCAGCACGGCGGCUUCGUCAGAGUCGUUCGGGUCAACUCAGCUGUCGCCGAUCUCGGACCUGACAGAUUAUUAUUACGGCGGAGUUCCGGUAGGUAAUAAGGGUAACCCUAACCCGGAUUACUGUCAAACGGUUGAUUUGAGCUACUCGGAUAGCAUCACCAGCUUGGAUAUGCAAGCCGUGGAGCCAAACAACCAGCACCACCAGUAUUGGGUUCAGAGUCGUGGCGGGGACUCGGCGGACAAUUUCUGGAAUGUUGAAAACAUGCUUUUUUUACAGCAGCAGCUCAGUGACAAUAUGUAAAACGUGCUAAGGGAUCCUCUCACCGUGGCUCUAAAAAACAACGGCGAAUAAUCCUGACGGUUCAUCCACUUCACGCCUCAUAUGCCUCCGUGACUUGGCCUUAUUCUUUCAGUAAAAAAAAAAAAUUUACAAUUCUCUGAAAUAUCUUAGGAGACAAAAUUAAUUAGAACUUGGAUUUUGAAGUGAUGUGGUUUUUCUGUACAACUCAAAAUGUUAAUUCUAAGAUCUUUGAAAAUAAAGAUUUUUAAUUAUUUGAGAUUUAUGAUCGAAGUGUAAGAUUUUUUUGUCUUUAAAUUCUUCAAAAAAAAAUGGUUAGCUGAAAGAGAAAGGCCACGUGGAUGCAUAUAGGGAGGGAAGAGGAUGAGCAGGGAAGACUUGUUGACUUUGCCACUUUACAGUUUACGGUUUACGCCCAUUUUCAGACUUUAGAGCAAAUCAUAAAGGAGGGGAGGGUAUAGGGGAAAAGUAUACAAUGUAAAAAAAAAGAGGGGCUACUUUGGAAUUUUUGAGAGAUGAAAAGGUAAUAAUAGAUUCAUUUGUUGGACACAUACACAAAGGUUCUGCGGUGAAUAUAGGUUUAAACUAGCUGUGGAUUGUCAGGACCAGGAGUAUCAUCUGUGGGUUUUAUUAAUCAUAAAUUGGCAUUUCUUUUAUUUCCUUUGUUCUAUUUUA